GCGGCGGCGGCGGCGGCAGCGGCGGCAGCAGCCGGGGGGGGCUUGGCUUGUCAGAGUCCCCAGAAAAGAAAAGAGAAGUAUAUUUCAGAAAGUGAAAAUCAGAGGAAUUAGCUGCUGACAUAGGAAAACUAUACUAAGGAACAUUUUUUGAGGAAAAUUUUUAAGAUGUGGUGAAGAGCCUGUAUUUUCCCCUGUGUGGUAUAUUGUGCCUUAAAAAAUGGGGUUUGGAGGUGAUCUGAAGUAUUCUCAUGAUGCUUUAUUAAAACUUCAAGACUGGGAACUGCGACUGCUGGAAACGGUGAAGAAAUUUAUGGUAAUGCGAGUAAAAAGUGACAAGGAAUAUGCCUCCACUUUACAGAAUCUUUGCAAUCAAGUAGAUAAAGAGAGCACCUGUCAAUUGGAUUAUAUCAGCAAUGUGUCCAAGUCUUGGCUGCUCGUGGUACAACAAACAGAACAGCUGAGCAAAAUAAUGAAGACGCAUGCAGAGGAUCUUAAUUCUGGGCCUUUGCAUAGGCUUACAAUGAUGAUCAAAGAUAAGCAGCAAGUUAAGAAGAGUUUCGUGGGUGUUCACCAACAAAUUGAAGCAGAGAUGUACAAGGUCACAAAGACAGAACUAGAGAAACUAAAAUCUAGCUAUAGACAACUAAUAAAAGAAGUAAAUUCUGCCAAAGAAAAGUAUAAAGAAGCUGUGGCUAAAGGAAAGGAGACUGAGAAAGCCAAAGAUCGGUGUGAAAAAGCCACUAUGAAGCUUCAUAUGUUGCAUAAUCAGUAUGUGUUGGCACUGAAAGGAGCACAAUUACAUCAGCACCAGUAUUAUGAUACUACACUUCCUCUGUUACUUGAUUCACUACAGAAGAUGCAAGAAGAAAUGAUUAAAGCCCUAAAAGGGAUCUUGGAUGAGUAUAGCGAGAUCACCAGUCUUGUGACAGAAGAGAUCGUGAAUGUCCAUAGAGAGAUCCAGACCUCGGUUGAACAGAUAGACCCUAACUCUGAGUAUAACGACUUCAUAGAUACUCACAGGUCAUCAGAAGUUGCUGAACAAGAAAUAGAGUUUGAUACGUCAUUACUAGAAGAAAAUGAAAACCUUCAAGCUAAUGAGAUCAUGUGGAAUAAUUUAACAGCAGAAAGUUUACAAGUCAUGUUAAAAACAGUAAUAGAAGAACUGAUGCAAACACAGCAAACCCUUUUGAGCAAAGAGGAACUUGUCUUGGAACUAGAGAAAAAAAUAGAGGAGUCCUCUAAAACUUGUGAAAAGAAGUCUGACAUUGUACUCUUGCUGAGCCAAAAGCAAGCACUUGAAGAACUUAAACAAACAGUUCAGCAAUUAAGGUGCUCUGAGGCAAAAUUUGCAGCCCAGAAAGAACUACUGGAACAAAAGGUUCAAGAGAAUGAUGGGAAAGAGCCGCCACCUGUAGUGAAUUAUGAAGAAGAUGCAAGAUCAGUGACUUCUAUGGAUAAGAAGGACAAAGUCUCAAGAUUUGACACCAUACGUCAUUCCAUAGCAGGAAUUAUAAGGUCUCCAAAAUCCAUGUUGGGCUCAUCAUCGUUCUUUGAUGUAAUCUCAACCACUGAGAAACCACUGUCUGAGCAAGACUGGUAUCAUGGUGCAAUUCCAAGAAUAGAAGCCCAGGAGCUGUUAAAACAGCAAGGAGACUUCUUGGUGCGAGAGAGCCACGGGAAACCUGGUGAAUAUGUCCUUUCUGUGUUUUCAGAUGGACAACGGAGACACUUUAUCAUACAAUAUGCUGAUAAUCAAUAUCGUUUUGAAGGAACUGGUUUUCCAACUAUUCCUCAGCUCAUAGAACAUCAUUACACAACAAAGCAGGUCAUUACAAAGAAAUCAGGUGUUGUUCUGCUGAAUCCUGUUGUUAAGGAUAAGAAAUGGGUUCUCAAUCAUGAAGAUGUCACACUGGGGGAAUUACUGGGCAAAGGUAAUUUUGGUGAAGUGUAUAAAGGAACAUUAAAGGAUAAAACUCCUGUUGCUGUGAAAACUUGCAAAGAAGAUCUUCCUCAGGAACUGAAAAUAAAAUUUCUGUCAGAAGCCAGAAUACUCAAACAAUAUGAUCAUCCUAAUAUUGUAAAACUUAUAGGAGUUUGCACACAACGACAACCUAUUUAUAUCGUUAUGGAGCUUGUUCCAGGAGGUGAUUUCCUGUCAUUUUUAAGAAAAAAGAAGGAUGAGCUAAAAACCAAACAGUUGGUGAAAUUUUCAUUAGAUGCUGCCUCUGGUAUGGCUUAUCUCGAAUCUAAGAAUUGUAUACAUAGAGACCUGGCUGCAAGGAACUGCUUGGUAGGUGAAAGCAACAUCUUGAAAAUAAGUGAUUUUGGAAUGUCCCGGCAGGAGGAUGAUGGUGUGUACUCAUCAUCAGGCCUAAAGCAGAUUCCUAUCAAGUGGACUGCUCCAGAAGCUCUGAACUAUGGGAGAUACACAUCUGAGAGUGAUGUAUGGAGCUUUGGAAUCCUUUUGUGGGAGACAUUCAGUUUAGGAGUAUGUCCAUACCCUGGAAUGACCAAUCAGCAAGCACGAGAACAAGUUGAGAAAGGCUACCGAAUGUCUGCACCACAAAAAUGUCCUGAAGAAAUAUACAAAAUAAUGCAGAGGUGCUGGGACUACAAGCCAGAAAACCGGCCAAAAUUCAGUGAGAUUCAGAAAGAGCUAUCUUCAAUCAAAAAGAAAGUGACAUAGUGACAAACAAGUGCCAAACUCAGUGUGUGGGACUUUAUUUUCCAGUGAAGUAAUUUUUCCCUUCAAACACUAUGCAUUUAUCGAACAUUAUUUGCAAUAUUCUUCUAGGAUUACUUUGAAAUUAACUGGUUUUUUUAUAUCCAUGUAUACCAUCUUGAGUGAUGUCUACACCUGCGUUAAAGAUACAUACUGCAAAAUGCUAUAUAUCCAGUUACAGUAAUACUGUAAUUUAGGUUACAUGUACAUAGGAAAGCAGAUACUAUAAAUUUAAGGGACUGUGGCUUCUAUCUGUUUUACAGCAAGUGACAUUUUUUAGAGUUUUUCUACCUUAAGGUGUGUUCUCACUCUGCUGUCCCUGUCCUGUAUGUCAUCACUCUAAUGUAGUGACUGCCAUACAUGUUGGCCUUACAACUGAAGACAGUUUUGACAAGUAUUUCAACCAGAAACUUUUAUAUUUUUUAAAACUCUUUCUGCAGCUGAUAUUUUGAAGUUUUACUUGGUUUUAAGGAUGAAGGUCAGUCAGAUUCUGGAUGCAGAUGUGCUUACUGAACAGUAAAAUCCAGAAUUUUUUCUGUACAGAUUGAAUUACUUGUGCAUUUAUCACCAUACUAUAGAAAUACUUCUAACUUUUUAUGUGAUUUACUUAAGCCAUGCCUUUUUUUUUCUUCCUACGAUGCCAUCAGAAUUCAUUAAUAUGUCUCUUACACAGUGAGACAUAUUUGUUUCCUUAAGAAACAAAAGACCAAUAUUAAGUCUUAAUGGCAUAUGUUAAGAAAUACUGCAAAUCAUCUGCCUUCCAAAGAAUAUGUAAAGCAGUAGCCAAGAAAAAGAGGUUUACCAAUGAUAGCAGCAGAUAAAGAGUGUCAUUGAUCUUAGAGGAGUUAAAGAGUUUUCCUAGAUUUCCUUUUCAAUCCUGAUUUUUUCCCUUAAAUUGGUAAAAAUUCUCAGAAUGCAGCUGGAGCCUGCAAAAGAUUAUGUUAAACAAAAGUACAUUCCAUCACAGUGUCCAAAGCAAAACACUACUUCUGUAUGGCAUGAGGAAGUUGUUCAAGCAACCAAAACUAAAGAAGCAUCUUUAAAGCCUCUGAUAGGCUGGGAACAGCAGAGUAGAAAUACUAACUUUCUAUUUUUCUUACUUAAUUGCAAUCAUAUUUCAAAAGAUUGGGGAUAAACAAGGUUUAAAUUCACCAGGAAUUAAAACCUUGUGUUUUUGUGUGUGUGUGUAUAUAUAUAUAUAUAUAU